UUUUUAAAAAAAUCAGUGAUAUCGAAUGCGCGUGUUGUAUUUUUUGAUAUUGCCGUGUAUAGGAGGACACUUCUGAAGUGGGUUUAAUGUCAUUGAUAAAAAUUUUCCCCGUGGUGUAAAAAUAUAAGGGCAAAUUGGAUUCUGGACAUGCGAUCUGAGGAUGGAAUAUGCGCAAACCGUGCCUGUGGGGGAUCUGUCGGAAGGGGGGCACCGAUCGUGAUGGGGGUCCGCCACGCUUUUAAGAUAUUAAUAAAACUCUUCGUUCGUACGGUUAGGUUAAAUUUCGAAAAUGCUUAUACCUAAGGCGUUAAGUUUGGUAUUAUUUUUGUUGCAGCCUUGUCCUGAUCUUUCUCGCUAUUUCGGUGUUCCCUAUGCUCUUUCCGAUACCUGCCCGGCUGCGACGCUAUUUUAAUUCCCCGUCCCUUUUUCGUAUAAAUAGACGGUUAUCGUUAACAGGAGAGAAAUGGCCAAAAUAAACAGUGGCUUUGGUCCUGGCAUCGCCUGAUAAUCGUGCGAAAUGUGAUUUUUGUCCCUUUUUGGAGAUGUAAUAUGAUUUAUCGCUCUUCGAUUCGGCCGAAGAUUCUGUAACUAGCCGUUUAAAUUUGUGCAGAAAAGUCUUUUUGACAUCCUCUCCCGAAGGAUAUCGAAGGUUUGUCCUUGAGGUCUGCAGAGUGAUGAACUUUAAUUUGGUCGUUUUUGUGUGGAGACUCAGCAACGAAGAUGGCAAAAUAUCAAAAGGCAUGUAGCAGACCAAAACAGCGGUGAUAGCUUCAUGAUUUGAAUACCCAUUAGCAAAAAUGGCUUUAGUUAUGUUACCAUGUGACCUUCCUUGGUGGCCUACGAUAGUACAUCACCUAACACAAAUCGCCACCGCCAAAACUUCCAAAGAUUUAAUCAACCCUAUGCAGAGGAUUCACAAUUUGUGCAACGUUGGCCUUGACCCGGAUGAGACGGAUGCACCUGACCUUGAGGUUUUUGAAGGUUUAAGCAAGUAUCUGGACGAAGAGAUGUCUGAAGAAGAGAGGAGUAUAUUUUUUGACCAUACCCUUCCCAAUAUUGUACAAAGUGCCUUGGAUCUUAAAAGGCUGCGUCCCCCCAACGGCCUUCAUUUCAGCUUGCAACAACAAGUUGACAAAGUUGAAUUUGAAAGGGAAUUUGUCACGUCUCUUCUGGCACACUGUUUCUUUUCCACUUUUCCUAAAAGAACUUCCAAAACACAUCCCACACUUCAAGAUUUUAACUGUACUUAUUUCUUCCGCUAUCUACAUUUGAAUUGGCAGAAAGCGAAAUUACUCAGUCUUCUUCAUUAUUUCAAUAUAAUAAACAAACACACACACCACAAAAAAAUAGUCUUGUCAAGACAGGUUAUGUUAGGAACUCAUUGGUUAACGAUAGAAGACUGGUCCCAGUGUAAACUGCCGUUAUGUCCGUUGCUAAUAAGAAGAAAUGGUGAUAUUAACUGUGUAGGGUCAGACCAUAUGAUUGUUUGUGGUAGUUCUAGUAGAUUGGGAGGUAAAGUACUUUCCGAUGGAAAAUCUAUGGAGUGUAUCCAACUUAUCACUUGUCCUGAAAUGCUUAUAAUCCUUCUUUGUGUUGAAGCAUUGGAAGAUAACGAAGUUAUAAUUUUAGAAGGGGUUUUACAGAUUUCAAGAAUUACAGAUCCAAAAGGAAAGGCUAGUAUUGAAAAACUGACAGACCCGAAUUCCCUGACAUUCUGCUGUAUGGACCCAGAUGAUUUUUCAACCCUGCCCAUUCUACAGUAUCAGCAGGACAGCAUACUAAGAGAGCUUAAUAAAGCACUGCUUGGAUUUCGUCAGAAGCAGCCUACCAACAAUUUGCUCCCAANUAGCCGAGAGUCUGACGCCUUAACCACUCGGCUACCGCGGCCCCGGCUUUCUCCCAUAGGUGAAUCAUUCAGUUCAACACCAGAAAAAGACCAUUCAUCGAAAAAAACUGAAUUGCCAGUAAAGCAGUCUGACCAUUUACUUGUAAGUAGAAGAUUUAUUGUGCUCGGUUCAUCCGGUGAAUGCCUACCUAUUACAAGAAUCCCUUCUCGCUAUUCUAGCUGUCAUUCUACUUCCCCAGACCUAGAAACAGAAUAUCAUUCAGCUCGAACAAGUUUCACAGAAGAGGAAUCUGAAGAUGCUGCUGUCCGGAGAUACAGCUGUAAUUUGGAAAAGUGUGAAAGGAGAAGUAUAUUUGCAGAUAGGCUUAAAGAAGCAUUGAACAGGGCAGAGGUUGCUUCCACAGAAUCUGAAAUUUCAGAUUUAAGAUAUGAUCGAGAAGGGUCAUGUGGGUUUGUACUUGAUGGUGAAUCUCAGAAGAAUGAAAGUUUUAAGGAAAAAUUACAGCAGCACAGAUCAGCCUCGUCAAAGUAUAGUUUCAGUACAGACUACAGCUCAGAGUUGGAGCAUGUUUACGAGCAGCUCGGCCGGUGGUUGGACGAAGACAAAACAAUACCACAAGACAUGGACAUAAAAGCCAUCAGGGACAAGGCGGUGAGGCAAUUCGCUGGCAAUCUUCUCAAAAGAACACUCUCUGAAAGCUUUGUCGGCAUUCCUGUCACCGACGGGUUUCAAGAGGAAGAAAUCCCAGCAAAAAACAUCAAAAUUGCCGCAAGGAGUUUAAGUCUCGAACUGGCAAGGCAUAGGAAUAAAUUAGCUGCCCAAUUAGUUUCUAUAGUAUUAAACCAAAAUGAUGAUCUAAUGCCUCUUGCAACUUUCAAUUGGGGUUGCUCUUCAAAAAAAGGCGACCCUCAGCUUAAACUUUUGAUUCAAUGGCUUGCAGCAAGUGUUGCCCUCUUGCCCCACGUUCUUUAUUUUACCGCUACUAAUGCUGAAUUAAAUAAGUUGGAUACUGUAUGCCGUGUGCUGCUUGAUCGACAGUGGAGUGUUGGUGAUCUGGUGACUGCUCUGUUGAAAUAUUGUGAAAAUAAAAUAUUUCAGCAGGAGGACGCAGACUGCUUAUCUCUGUUCGAACAAAUUAUAGGAAUGGAAGAAAAAUUGAGUUACCUCUAUGAAGACCUAAGCCCAUAACAAGACCUCU